CUUCUUCUUCUUCUUCUUCUUCUUCUUCUUCUUCUCUCUCUCCUCUCUGCAAGUUCUAACUCACUCCUGGCAGUGGCUUUAAUGACUACAAAAUGGCACCUCCUCAAUCCAAAACCUUUAUGCCAGACCACUUGAUGCAUAAGAACCGGUUGCAAGAGUAUACUCAGAAAUCAGCCUUACAACUACCUGUUUAUCAAACUAUCAAUGAAGGGUUUCCACACGCACCCAAGUUCAGAUCAACCGUGUUGGUUAAUGGGGAAAAGUACACGUCUGUGCAUACGUUUUCUCAAAGAAAGGAAGUGGAACAGGAGGUGGCGAAAUAUGCGUUAGAGCGUGUAAUGAAAAGGGAAGAAGUUGAAGUAUUCCCUCUUAUUCAUCAGGAGGAGAUUUUGUUUUGCAAGUCAAUACUGCAUGAGUUUGCUGUCAAGAUGAACCUGAAUAUACCCAAAUAUACAACUAGCCAUGCACAAGGACUACAGCUAGUCUAUGUCUCUUCAUUGGUUUUUGAUGGUAAAACUUUUACCGGUGAAGUCGCCGGAAGCAAGAAAGUGGCAGAGCAGUUGGUGGCACGUGCUUCCAUUCAAUCACUCCUCGGAUCCAAUUCAGGGACUGUUCUCCGUCAAAUUAUCAAGGCUAAGGGAAAACAUAAUGCUUCGUUACAAAUAGCAAACGAUUCCACCUUCUUGCCUAUAACCGUUAAGCAAGAAAACUCUUCACAACAAUUAACUAACAUUCUGCAUUCGGAUGUUGGCUCCUUCUCUGAAGACACAAUUAUUGAUUCUAGCUGCAUUAGAAAGCGCAGACUCGAAAUCAGUAAUUGGGAACAGAAAAAAAUGCGCUGUCUUGAUCAGUAAUUCGACACAUGAAUUAAUGUAUUGUUAAACAUAAUACAUAUGAGUUUAUUACUCGUGUUUUUCUAGGAAAUCGUUUUGAAAGUUUGGAUAUCGGGGUGAAUUAAUGGUCACCCAGUACUGGGAAUAGUUUGCCUUACUGUAGGCAAAUGAGACAAUGUCUUUGUCUAUCAUCUAUAAUCUUCAGUGGCACUUUCCAAAUUGACAACUUGCAGU